AUGACCAAUAUCAUGAAAGAAAAAUCCAUGGCUGGUAUCCGCGAACGGGCCAUGACGUUUGUAUCUAAGUGUGACGAGGCUGGUCAGAAAAGUGUGGAUGUUUACUCUUUGCUGCACUGUUAUGCCCUAGACUGCGUUACUCAUUUCAUGUUUAGCCCCGGCGGUCUCAGGUCUCUCAACGUAGCUGAAGACUUCGACAUCAUGCAUGAACUGACCUACCACCAAAGUCUCCAAAAAAACCUCUUGGAGUACUACCUCCCUUUACUAGCACCGUAUUUCCCAAAAUUCCUCCACGCCCGCAGUUCGCCAAAAGCAAACCAAUACGUCAAAGACAUGGCUGCCCAAAUCGAGCUCGACAGCCACUCCUUAAUGGAAAAACUAAAACGCAAAGAAUCAAACCUGCAACUAAUGCAAGCUGCCGCAGAAUGCAAAGAUCACAUGGCAGCCGGCAUCGACACCACAGGCGAUGGCCUGUGUUUCUUGAUGUGGGAGCUCUCACGGCCUCAGAGCCUCUGUUUCCAGCACAGUCUUUACAAAGAGCUUAUCGCUGCACCGGCCGAUGCACCCUUGGAUAGCUAUGUGUAUCUCGACGCUGUCAUUAAAGAGGCGCUGCGGUGUGCGCCGCCCAUUCCGAUGUCAUUGCCUCGCUAUGUACCUGCUGGCGGAAGGGAGAUCGAUGGGUUUAUUAUUCCGGAGCAUACUAUUGUUAGCUGUCAGCCUUACUCGGUGCAUCGGAUGAAUGAGAGUGUCUUCCCUGAGCCUGAUCGUUUUAACCCUGAUCGGUGGCUUGUUGAAGAGGGGGCUGUUGAGCGGAAUAGGCUUUUUUUUCCUUUGCUACGGGUGGGAGGGGUUGUACAGGAAAAAAGUGAGUUGUAUUCUUCGUUAUCUGAUUACUGUUGCGAAUUGCUGAUACUGUCUAGUCUUGCACUCGUUGAGAUGAAAACGCUUCUUCGGGAAGUGUAUUCUCGUUAUCGGACGACAGUAGCUUCUGAUAUGACCGCUUCAAUGAAGCUGGAUGAUCAGAUCAUUUCUUCGAGGCCCAAGGGUCAGAGCUGUAAGCUGGUCUUUACGGCUAUAGAGUGA